AUGUGGUCCCACGUGAUCGCCGUGGUGGGGGUCUUCGGCCUCCUGGCCUGGUCCCACUCCGGCCCACUCCCGCAACCCAAAGACGCAGCGUCCAUUUUCUCCGACUUGACCCCAGAGGAACACUGGGCUGUUCGGCGCUUCCUGAUGAGCCGCACAGAGCUGGGGCUCCAGCCGGGGAAGGGGGAGUCCCUGGCCCAGAACAGCCUCUUCCUGGUGGAGCUGCUGGCCCCGCGGAAGAGCCAUGCCCUGGGCUACCUCGAGAUGGGGGGCCGCUGUCCCAGGCGCCGGGCCCGGGCAGUGGUGUUCCACGGCGCCGAGCGCGAGCCCAGGAUCGCCGAGUACGUGGUGGGGCCGCUGCCCGUGCCGACCUUCUACCGGCAGUACGGCCGGUCGGUGCCCUACGCAGCCCGGCCGAUGACGCAGCAGGAGUACAAGCUGCUCUACGGCAGACUGGAGGAGUGCCUCGCCCCGCUGCAGCAGUUCCUGCGGGACGUCUCGGGCUUCGGCCUCGGGGACUGCCAGGACCGGUGCCUGACGUUCACGGACAUCGCGCCCCGUGGCCUGGCAUCGGGGGAGCGCAGGACGUGGGUCAUGCUGCAGCGUUUCGUGGAAGGCUACUUCCUGCACCCCGUGGGCCUGGAGGUCCUCAUCAACCACAGGGAGCUCGACCCGCGGCUCUGGUCCGUGCAGCAGCUGUGGUACAACGGGCAGUACUUCCGCAGCCCCGAGGAGCUGGCGGGGCAGCACGCGCUGGGCAGGGUGGCCGUCGUCCGCCUGCCGCCUGUGCCGGAGAGCGGCUCCUUCUCCUCCUUCGUGCCGCGGGGCCACUUUGCCACCGGCCCCCCCACCGACACGCACGGGGCCAAGGUCUGCGAGCCGCAGGGCCACCGCUACACCGUGCAGGGCAACCUGCUGCAGUACAGCGGCUGGAGCGUCGCCUUCCGGCUGCGCAGCUCCACCGGCCUGCAGCUCUUCGACGUGCGCUUCAACGGGGAGCGCAUCGCCUACGAGGUGAGCGUGCAGGAGGCCAUCGCCUUCUACGGGGGCAGCUCCCCGGCGACCAUGCAGACCAAGUACAUCGAUGCCGGCUGGGGCAUGGGCGCCGUCACGCACGAGCUGGCCCCCGGCAUCGACUGCCCGGAAGUGGCCACCUUCCUGGACGCCCACCACCAGUACGACGCCGACGGGCCGGUGCGCUUCCCCCGCGCCCUCUGCGUCUUCGAGCUGCCCACGGGCGUGCCGCUGCGGCGCCACUUCGACAGCAACUUCAGCGGCGGCGCCAACUUCUAUGCGGGCCUGGAGGGGCACGCGCUCGUGCUGCGCACCACCUCGACCGUGUACAACUACGACUACAUCUGGGACGUCCUGCUCUUCCCCAACGGGGUGCUGGAGACCAAGGUGCACGCCACGGGCUACGUGCACGCCUCCUUCUACACGCCGGAGGGGCUCCGCUACGGCACUCGCCUCCAGGACCACCUGCUGGGCAACAUCCACACACACCUGGUGCACUACAAGGUCGACCUGGAUGUCGCAGGCACCAAGAACAGCUUCGAGACCGUGGACAUCGCCUUCGAGAACGUCUCGCUGCCCUGGCAGCCCGGCCAGCGGGUGCUGCAGCCCCGCCUGGAGCACCGGCCGCGCGCGAGCGAGCGCCUCGCCGCCUUCCCCUUCGGCCGGCCGCUGCCGCGCUACCUGGUGCUGUACAACGGCGCGCGGCGCAACCGCUGGGGGCACCCGCGCAGCUACCGCGUCCAGCUGCGCUCGCACGCCGACCGCGUCCUGCCGCGCAACCACCGCGAGGAGCGCGGCGUCACGUGGAGCAGGUACCACUUCGCCGUGACUCAGCACCACGAGAAUGAGGACACCAGCAGCAGCCUCUACAUUCAGCACGACCCCUGGGAUCCCUCCGUCAACUUCGAGAGCUUUCUCCGCAAUGACGAGAGCAUCAGCGACCAGGACCUGGUGGCCUGGGUGACGGUGGGCUUCCUCCACAUCCCGCACGCUGAGGACGUCCCCAACACGGCCACCCCGGGCAACGUUGUGGGCUUCUACCUGCGCCCCUUCAACUUCUUCGAUGAGGACCCGUCGGUGGCCUCCCGGCGCACCGUCAUCGUGCGCCCCACCCAGCCCGGGAGCGGCCGAGGCAUGGACAUCCAGCGCUGGACCCCCGCGAGCCCCGGGCUGUGCGUCUCCGAGGAGCCCUUCCGCUACAACGGCACCUACAGCCUGGAGUAG